AUGUUCGGUGCUUUAGACAACCUUUUCGCAAACACAAACGUGGAUCCCAAGGAUGUUGGGAUCCUCGUUGUGAACUGUAGUAUCUUUUGCCCGACGCCUUCGUUAUCCGCGAUGAUUGUGAACAAGUAUAAGCUUACAGAAGUAACAUCAGGACAUUCAACCUCGGCGGAAUGGGUUGCAGCGCCGGAGUUAUCGGGGUGGAUCUUGCUAAAGACAUGCUGUUGCUACAUAGGAACACGUACGCAGUUGUUGUCUCGGCAGAGAACACUACUCUCAACGGGUAUUUCGGUAACAACAAGUCCAUGUUGGUACCGAACUGCUUGUUUCGAGUCGGUGGCGCUGCGGUUUUGCUGUCGAACAAGUCUAGGGACAAGAGACGGGCUAAGUACAGGCUCGUGCAUGUCGUCAGGACUCACCGUGGAGCAGACGACAAAGCUUUCGUUGCGCUUAUCAACAGGAGAGGAUGACACCGGGAAAAAGGGGGUUUUCUUGUCGAAAGAUCUAAUGGCGAUUGCAGGGGAAACUCUCAAAACCAAUUUCACUACGUUGGGUCCUCUUGUUCUUCCGGUAAGUGAGCAGAUUCUCUACUUUACGACUCUACUUGCGAAGAAGCUUUUCAACGAGAAGGGUCUCCAGCUUUCUCCGGUUCAUGCGGAGCCUGCGAGGAUGACUCUUCAUAGGUUUGGGAACACGUCUUCGAGCUCGACUUGGUAUGAGUUAGCUUACAUUGAGGCCAAAGGAAGGAUGCGAAGAGGCGAUCGCGUUUGGCAAAUUGCGUUUGGGAGUGGAUUUAAAUGCAACAGCGCCGUUUGGGAAGCGUUGAGGAAUGUGAAGCCUUCCAAGAACAAUCCUUGGGAAGCUUGUGUUGACAAGUAUCCGGUUACGUUACGUUAUUAG